UGCCGGCGACCGUUGACAGUGAACCGUCGCGCGCGCCGCGCCGACUACAAUUCGAACGCAACACCCUUAAACAACUAAGUUCCUCAUUAACAGUUACAGUGGGUGUUUUGGUGUAACCUCAGUUUGUUGUGUUUAGACUGAUUACACUUGAAGUGUUGUACGAGUUUACACUAGUUUUGGAUAUUGGACAAGUGCUAAUAAGUGACUGUGCGUGCUAUGCCGCAAUUAAGAGCUUAGCAGUCUUCUGCGGGCGAUGCUCACAGGAGAGCAUGUGAUGCCGGCCUUUGACGCCCGGCGCCAUGCCCACGCCGCUGCAGCCCGGCGGCCCCGCUAGCGGCCCGCCCCCGGAGCGCAAGCGGCGCCGCAAGCGCGACGAUCCGCAGAGUUCAGCCGCUCUAGAGCCCGACGACGACGACGGCGACAUGAGUCCCGAAGAGGAGCCGCGCAACGUACCGGCGGCACCUGCGGCUCCCACGCCAGCGCCAUCCUCUGCUCCUGCUCCCACAUCGCCACCCGCCGCCCCUGAUGCAGUCGAUCUCACUUCCAGACGAGAUUCGCCGCCGCUCUCCUCAGACGUAGAGCGGUUUGACGGCAAAAUCGUCUACAACCCUGAUGGAUCUGCCUACAUCAUUGAAGACCCAGAACUGUCAGAGGGCGAAGCUAGCAUACCAGACUUACCCAAAAUCGAGCCUGGGUGCAUUGUCGAUAGUCGCGACAGCAAUGUGGUCGAGAAACAACUUGAAUUUCCUCAAAUAGCUAGCGCGUUUUAUGUAUCACGGAACCCCUCGUUAUAUGGAGCACUCUAUGGAAGACUGGCCGCAGAAAGAGCACGUGCGAGACCCGAUGCACCUGUAAUGCAUAGCUACCGAGUGUUUAGUUUUCGUGGAGGGAAAGACGCUCCUAGGCCACCAUCUCCACCUGCAGAGUGUCCUGUCAGCGUGCCAGUCAAACCUAUUCUUAUGUGUUUUAUAUGUAAAUUAAGUUUUGGUUAUGCUAAAUCCUUUGUGGCUCAUGCACAAUCGGACCACAGUUUAUCAUUACUUGACUCUGAAAGGGACGCGUUAUCAAGAGAAAAUGCUUCUGCUAUAAUUCAAUGUGUUGGAAAAGAUAAAGAACCAUUAGUAUCAUUUUUAGAACCUGUUGGUGCUGCAGCACCUCCUCGAGCAUCUGCUUCUGGAAGCCCUGCAAAUAUGUCUGAACUAUCAAGUCCAUCCAUCGAUAAACGACCAGACAUGAUGACUCCGGAUAGAGACAAUGAUUCGAUGUUACCCAAUGGUACAUGUGAUGAUAGAAGGCCCAGCCCUAACACUUGGAGACCGCCAAGAUCAUUAGCCGAAUCGAUGGUACCCCAACAUUCUUUGAUCUCUGUGGCUCAUCCUCAUACAAUUAACGCAUCAGUACAACAAAGGGUUAGUCCUAAUUCAUCUCCGCCUUUCCAAGCGACUCCACCAGCUUUUCUGUCAGGCACAACGAUAGGAGUUUGCCCUGACCAUCUCGGAGGGCGGCCGUCUGGUGCUGAUUGCCCGAAAUGUGAACUGAUUCUUAAUUCUGGAAGAUUAGGGGGGCCAUUAGCUGGCAUGCAUAGUAGAAAUUCAUGUAAAACGCUGAAAUGUCCGAAGUGUAACUGGCACUACAAAUACCAAGAAACCUUGGAAAUUCAUAUGAAGGAAAAACAUCCAGAGGCCGAGACGAGUUGCAUAUAUUGUAUAGCGGGUCAACCGCACCCUAGGCUAGCACGCGGUGAAACUUACACCUGCGGGUACAAACCCUACCGCUGUGAAGUGUGCAAUUACUCAACUACGACGAAGGGUAAUCUAAGUAUACAUAUGCAAUCAGAUAAGCAUUUAAAUAAUAUGCAGGAAUUACAAAAUGGAGGCAAUCCAGGUGAGAGCAGUCUACCUCCAGCUCCUCAACAUACUCCACCGGGAGUACAUAAACCUCCACUUCCUCAUCAUUCGCCAUUAGGGCAAAAACCGAAACCUACAUUUCGGUGUGAUGUUUGCAAUUAUGAAACAAAUGUGGCACGUAACCUUAGAAUACACAUGACAUCAGAGAAGCAUACGCAUAACAUGCUUGUAUUACAACAAAACGUAAAACACAUGCAGACGCUGUCAGCAUUACAUCACAGGCAACAAAGUCAACAACAACUUGAGAGUUUAUUGCAUUUUCACAGUAGUGAUGCUCCUCCACCAAAUCCCGAAGCAGCAUUAGCGGACAUGGCAUACAACCAAGCCCUGAUGAUUCAGCUUAUGACUGGGGGCCCGGGUCCAUCCCCACCAGAACUUGGUGCUCACCUAGAUGUUGGUUUAAAUCCAGAAGCCAUGGAACCACCGCCAGAACCAGCGGAUCCUGAACCAGAGAGAACGUUCCAUUGUUGUAUAUGCAAUUGUUUCUCUACCGAUUCCCUAGAAGCGCUCGGUCAUCAUUUAGCGCAGGACAGAACCAAGAUAAGAGAACAAGAGAUUUUGGCACUUGUAGCCGGUCAUUACGUUUGCAAACUUUGCACAUACAAAACUAAUUUGAAAGCAAAUUUCCAAUUGCACUGCAAGACUGAUAAGCAUUUACAAAGGUUACAGCAUGUAAAUCAUGUGAAAGAAGGUGGUCCACGGAAUGAGUGGAAAUUGAAAUUUUGUGGUGGUGUUACCACUGGCGGUGCUGGCGUCGGUGGUGUCCAAGUGAGAUGUUGUGCAUGUGAUUAUUAUACCAAUUCUGCACACAAACUACAAUUACACGCCGCUGGUGCUAGGCACGAGGCUGCUGCUCUUUUACUGAGGCAUCUUCGUGAAUGUGCUUCGCGAAUUCCUCGAGAACGACCUAGAGUUUACCGCUGUGCUCUUUGUGGCUUCGGUGCCCCGCACCGACUACCUCUCUUGCAACAUGUUCGUUCUGUCAAACAUCUACAGAUGGAACAAAUACAUCAACUGCAGAGGCGAUCAGAAGGCAAAGAUCCAACACCUGAUGUCGCUGAACUAUUCCAAGUCAUCCCUCAACCAACCGAACUGCCGAGUCCGUUCGAACAACAAGAGACUGAAACAAAGGAACCUAUCGAUCAGAAACCUGAAUUAACUCAAGAGCAAAAAAUGAUGAGAUUUUUGGAACAACAUCAACAACAACAGCAGCAGCACCAGCAACAAUCUCAACAACAAAAUCAACAAUCUCCUGGCGAUAGAGAAGAUGAAAGAGAAACGCCUGGACCACAUGCAUGUCCAUAUUGCAAUUUUAGUUGUGGUACUGAGGCUCGCUUACAUGCCCAUGUAUCUACCAUACAUGGCGACACAGUAAGGCAUUUUAUCUGCCCGCUUUGUCAGGACGCAUUCAAGGAGCGUCCGGCUCUUGAGAGACAUGUAAUGCAAAUUCAUUCCGUCAACUCAGAGGGUCUACAACGGCUGUUGUUACUUGUCGAUCAAAGUCACUGGCUAAAUGGUGGAACUCAACAACGAGAUGAAUCAAGACAAGGAGAUGAAGACCGGGAGAUAUCCUCGCCUCGUUCAGAAGGCAGCGCAGACGGCGAGAUGGAACGAUGCUCAACAUGCAACCGCACAUUCCGGAAUGUCGACGAACUUUGUCAACAUCAGAAUGAAUCCGGCCAUUUAGAAUUAAAACAAACACCGCAAGGCCCCGGAUAUGUGUGUUGGAAAAAAGGAUGCAAUCGUUACUUUGACGCCGCACACGCCCUACAAAAUCAUUUCAGAGAGGCACAUGCCCGAAAUUCUAUUGCAAACAUGUCUGUAUCGGAAAAACACGUGUAUAAAUACCGAUGCAAUCAGUGCAGUUUGGCUUUUAAAACUGUAGAAAAAUUGCAGCUCCAUUCACAAUAUCACGUGAUAAGAGAUGCCACCAAAUGCGUUUUAUGCGGUCGAAGCUUUAGAUCAGUAUUGGCGCUUCAAAAACAUGUUGAAACUUCACACCCUGAACUCUCAGAGGAGGAAUUAGCCGCUUUUAAACGUAGCCUUGCAUCGAAUCCCUUACUUCAAGCCGCUCAAGGUACGGCUUUGGACAAUGCGACUGCUGAACUGUUUCGCAAAGAAGCUUUAAGAACACCCGAUGACGACCUUGCGGAUAUGGAAGAUAGAGAUUCAAGCGCAACCGUCGCCGAUGAAUCUGCACAUAACGAUGCCGAAAAUUCUGACGAUUCCAUUGUUUACAAAGACCAACAAUUUUUAGAAGACUAUCUGAACUCUCAGGCUAUGGCCGAAGAUUCAUAUAAUGAUCCUAACCGAAAAUAUAAAUGUCAUAGGUGCAAAGUUGCUUUCACACGACAAUCUUAUUUGACAGCCCAUAACAAAACACUACUGCACAGGAAAGGCGAGAAAUUGACAUACCCAAUGGAAAAGUAUCUUGACCCUAAUAGACCAUUCAAGUGUGACGUAUGUAAAGAGUCGUUCACCCAAAAGAAUAUUUUGCUGGUGCAUUACAACAGUGUGAGUCAUUUGCACAAAUUGAAGCGCGCAAUGCAAGAACAACAAAAUAAUAAUAACCCUCCCGUUUCGCCUGGGGCGGGUUCCGCGCCGUCUAAUUUGACUCUCACACCUAAGAGCACAUCGAGCGAGGAAGAUGACCGAAAACGCUAUAAAUGCAACAUUUGCAAAGUAGCUUACACGCAAGGUAGCACCCUUGAUAUUCACAUGCGGUCGGUGCUACAUCAAACGCGGGCCGGGAAGUUACAGGAGCUCGCCGCGGCCGGACACGUUGAUUUGACACGGCCUUUAGUAGAGCAGCCAGAUAGAAACGACCCCGCUAAAAUUUUACAAGACGUGUUGUCACCGAAAAAUACAUCACCUUCAUCUACAAGUAGUGGGGGUCCGCGUUCCUCACCCCCCGCGCGGCCAGGUAGCCCGCGGUCCCCCCGCUCAGGUAACGCCGCGUGCGAACGUUGUCAUGCUUCAUUCCCAAACGGGGACCUUCUCGAUGCACACCGUACAAACUCAUGUCCCUUUAACGAUGCGCGCGCGCACUCGCCAUUAGGUGAAUCUGAAGUAGCUGUUCUUGACGAGAUGGUUGCCAAGGGCAAUCCGCCCAAAAGAAACUCGCAAAUGUAUAAACAAUUACUUGAAACCUUUGGUUUCGAUCUCGUCAUGCAAUACAAUGAAAAUCAACGGCGAAAAUUACAAGAGGAACGAGAAAUGGCGCGAGCGCCGAGUCCUCCGCCACCACCACCUGAAGAAAAACCUCCAGAUGGUGAAACGAAGUCGACGUGUCAACAUUGUAACAAGGAAUUUUCUAGUGUAUUUGUGUUAAAGACUCAUUGUGAAGAAGUGCAUAAGGACAAAGUGCCCUUGGAGUUUUUAGAGCAAUUUGCUGAACAGUUCAAAUCGGAAUACGAAAGGAAAUCUGGUGCACCAAACUCGCCUCGUGCCGCGUCUCCUGCGCCGCAAGGCGACCGGUCUCCUUCUCCGCGAGGUGAUAGUGCUUCGAAUUUCAAUGAAAAUGGAAAUGCGCAGAGUGAGGCGCAAGCCGGCGCUUUGCUGGCUGCGCAAGUACAAGAGAUGCAGGCUGCGCUUAAUAUGUUACAACUUCAGCAGCAACUGGGCCAACUACAUCCGAUGGUCGCCCAGAUGCUAUCGCUGGGUUUACCACUAGGUCUGAACAUGGGUGCACUAGCAGCCAUGAAUCUGCAGCCACCUCUGGUACCGCUGAUGCUGCCUCCACCACCGUUCGACGGGAUGCCCUUCGGACACGACGCUCAGAUGAAACAACAACAAAUUUUGCAGCAGCAACAGGCGAACGCUGCAGCUGGUCAAAAACGAGCUAGAACUAGGAUAACUGAUGAGCAACUAAAAAUAUUAAGAGCUCACUUUGACAUAAAUAAUUCACCAAGUGACGAAGCUAUCGCUAAAAUGGCUAAACAAUCUGGCUUGGCUACCAAAGUAAUUAAACAUUGGUUCCGAAACACUUUGUUCAAAGAACGCCAACGUAAUAAAGACUCACCUUACAACUUCAACAAUCCGCCAUCUACCACACUGAAUCUUGAAGAGUAUGAGAAAACUGGUGAAGCCAAAGUCACACCUCUAGAUUCCUCUGCAAGUUCUGAUGAAGGGAAGCCACCGCCAGAGAAAAAGGCAAAGACGGAAGAUUUGUCUCAUUUGAAUCCUAGCCAUCAAGAAGUAAAAGCAGAACCAAAUGAUGAACCCACCAUGGAGGAAAAGUACAACUCUUAUGAUGAUAGGCAUCAAGAAGAUAAAAGUUUUAUUUUCCCACAAGCUCCUUCGCAGAGUCCUGCCCCAAUUUCAAAUUCUGAUCUUCCACAUAACAUGUCACGACCACAUACUCCAACGCAUUUGUCGUUAAAUUCUCUAAUACAAUCUCAAUUAGACUCCAUACCGGCUACAAGUAUACCACAGCCGUCCCAUCCAUCGAUGCUGCCACCAAAGCUUAAUCCGAAUUUCACGUCCCCAAACUCCGCGCCCCCGAACGUCCUACCUUUGACCCCAAAUCGCAGCCUCAGUCCUGGCAGAGGACCGGCCGAUUUCGGACUUUCCGGGGGCAACUCGAACGGAUCCAACAGCUCGGGGUCUUCUGGCAAACGCGCCAACAGAACUAGAUUUACUGAUUACCAAAUAAAGGUCCUCCAAGAAUUUUUUGAAAAUAACGCCUAUCCUAAAGAUGAUGAUCUUGAAUACUUAUCAAAGCUUUUAGGACUCAGCCCAAGAGUAAUAGUUGUUUGGUUUCAAAAUGCCAGACAAAAGGCGAGAAAAGUAUAUGAAAAUCAGCCAGCUGCUGAGCCCCCCGCGGGAGCAACGGAUGACGCAAACAGGUUUCAAAGAACACCGGGGCUUAACUAUCAAUGUAAGAAGUGCCAAUUAGUAUUCCAGCGAUAUUACGAGUUGAUAAGACAUCAGAAAACGCAUUGUUUUAAAGAAGAAGAUGCUAAACGAUCUGCUCAAGCGCAAGCAGCCGCUGCCCAAGUAGCCGCCACGUUGAGUAGUGAGGAUUCAAAUUCUAGUACUGUAGAGCAUCACGUGCCCCACGUGCCAGUCUCACCAGCGCCUCCGCGGACUCCUACCCCAGCUGCUCCUAACUAUCCAGUGUCUCCGGCGCCUACAACCCCACUUACCCCAGUAACACCCCUGGCACAUCCUCCUAGAGAAGAAAAAGAUGGAAAUUUUCAAUGUGAUAAAUGCAACCUAGUCUUCCCACGAUUUGAUUUAUGGCGAGAGCAUCAACUGGUUCACAUAAUGAACCCAAACUUAUUUCCUACAUAUCCCCCUGAUUCUCCUUUUGGAAUUUUACAACAACAUGCUCAGCUUCAACAAUUAAAUGCCACGCUGGGAAACGAAGAGGCUCGUCACCCUUUAGUUGCCGCUUUAAACCAACAGGUUGCUAAGAGGAAAUUCGAUGAAUUUGAAGAGGUUGAUUCAACUGGAGACCAGCCAAAAGAUAAACGUUUAAGAACAACUAUUUUACCGGAACAAUUGGACUAUCUCUAUCAAAAGUACCAAAUUGAAUCAAAUCCUUCCCGAAAGAUGCUCGAGAAUAUUGCUAGAGAGGUCGGGCUAAAAAAACGAGUGGUACAAGUAUGGUUUCAAAAUACACGAGCUCGUGAGAGGAAAGGUCAAUUUCGAGCACAUGCACAAGUUAUAAACAAAAGAUGUCCCUUUUGUCCUGCUUUGUUCAAAGUAAAGAGUGCGUUAGAAAGCCAUUUAAGUACUAAACAUGCAGACCAGUGUGCGCGAGGAGAAAUAAAUGUUGACGCUCUUCCUGAUGAAGAAUUAAGUACGGAAUCGACUCCCAGUUUUGGCUCUCAACAAAGUGACAGGCAGCAAAAUUUUUCCCAAGCGGGGGCGCCCAUGUUGCCCCCUAUCUUUCCGCCGUUUCACUCAGACAUGGAGAAAUUUAUCAAGCAGUACAGUGAAGAAUCAAUGAAAAGAUACGUGAGUGAGUUGCAAGCUCAUGCCGCUGCUCAACAAAACGGGGGCACCAAUGAGUCUAAUGAAACGCCGCGACAUGGGAAAUCAGAAAUACCUUUAGAUCUAAGCAAACCAGUUGAUUUAUCGAGACCAGGAUCUGAUGCUGAUGAACGAUCAGAUACAGCAUCUGAAACGAUGGAAUUUUACGAAGAAGACGAGCCUACGUCACCUUUACCGGGCCAGACGGCAACGCCUCGACCGCCGGGCAAAAGAUUUCGCACUCAGAUGUCCUCCUUGCAAGUGAAAAUAAUGAAGUCUUUAUUUGGUGACUAUAAAACACCAACUAUGGCUGAGUGUGAAGCUCUCGGACGCGAAAUCGGACUUCCUAAACGUGUAGUGCAAGUGUGGUUCCAAAACGCGCGUGCCAAAGAGAAGAAAGCGCGCCUAGCGGCAGGGCUCCCAGAAGUGUCAGAUGCGCCGCCGCCGGAGGAGUGCCGUGUUUGCGACUUCAAGUACAGCCACAAAUAUUCGGUGCAAGACCACGUGUUCACACGUAGCCAUAUAGCUGCAGUUCGCGCGCGAUUGGAGAGUGGUGCUGUAGCCGGCGCGACAGAUGAAAACACGCUCGCGCUGAUGCAGAUGGCAGCGCGCUUGGAUUCUGGCCUGGGCGGAGAACUACACAACGCGUUCCUGCGGCCGCAGCUCGCUGGCAACGGUGAGUGCACGACUUGACCACGGUCCGUAUCGCCUAGCGCUUAGACAGGCGAUACAGGCCGGUUACGGAUACUUAUUAUGUAGAACCUCGCAACGGCGAGCUUCGCUCGAUCGAACGCUUCCAUUCACUUCCAGCGAUGUUUCGAUCACGCUCGAUUCGAGAGAAGCUCAUUCGGGCCGUAACGGUUGUUGAUCUAUUUUUCCUACUAGUGAGUCCUUUUGUCUUAUAUAUUAUGUACGUAAAAUUAGAAAUAGUUUUAUUUUGUCACUGUGCAGUGUUGGUAUUCGGUAAUAUUUCGCCCUUAAUUGCGAGAAACAUAAAGAAUUUUACUACUUUAUCUAAUGAAUAGUAAUAUCUUUUGAUAAAUAUGCGUCAACCCAACCCGGCCGAUGCGAAAGCUAAUAGCGGCACGUACACUGACCGAUUCAAUCUCAGAAAUUAUUUCGUAAUUCAAAUAAUUACUAAGUACUCUAUCUCCCAAAGCGUGCAGCCUGACCGAAACAGUAAAAAACAUUUCCCAAUCAAAUGCAAGGAAUAAUAUGACUUGAAAUUGGUGUGAAAUAGAUUAUUUCUUGAGUAUGAUGCUGGGCUGCUGGGCUGCUUGGUUGGCAAUGGAGUGUUUACUAAUGGUAGUUCGUGAUUGCGUUAUGGGUGGGAGCCGAGAAGUGAUGCGGCGUUGUCUUGGAGUUGUCAUCGCGGCCGAUAGGCGGGCCGGCCGCCUUCUCCACGCCGUUGACUAUUCAAAUGCAAACGAAACACGACAAUGGUAGGAGUUAGGACGUGUGAAGGACGUCGUAUAUUUAAUCAGACCGAUCUGGCGAACAUGAAUUUUUUCCACAUGAAUAAUCAAUUAUUUAAAUGACAUCAAUAGGAAGACUUUCUCGGAAAUUAUGCAUCAAUGGCUAUUGUUUCCUAUAUUUCGGCCGUGUAUAUAUCUGAAUCCGUCGAAAACCAACACUGUGUAGCGAUAUCGACUAAAUUAUCUGUUGCAUAAUAUUAUUCUUCUAGUUUUUCAUAUUUAAAGGUCCUAUUAGGUUUAGUGACAUGUCAAUUGUUUUAGCAUCGUAAUGAACACCAAAUUAUAUAUUUUAGUGAAUUUAAAACUUUAGUUCUAAUAAUGUAAAGUCAUAGCGAAGCCUGAAGUCUAUAAAACUAUUUAAUUAAGGUGCCUUUUAGUCCGAGUGGUUUGUAAAUUAUUGUCUCCCAGCUCCACUGUAAAUAGAUACUAGGGUAUACAUCCAUAGAAAGUGUUACUAGGGUUAGUGAUAGGGCGUUGUAAAUUAUCCGCGGCCACUGCUUUACACCGUGUAUUGCGAAAGGUAUAUCUAUAGUUAGAUAUAAAUUAUAUUGUUUGUCUCCUAGGUAGCUUCUUAUGAACUUGUGAUAUGACUGUAUUUUUAAUUAUUUAGUACUGCACUGACUGUAAAGGCGACAGUAUGCCAGAGCUUAAAAAUACAUACAGACAUAACAUUAGAAGUUCGUGGUACUUUACAUAAUAAUGAGUGUGUGUGUGGGCUCCCGUCGGUUGCAGUUUUUGCUAUUCACCAGUUUCAUUUACAUAAGAGUGGGCCACGAUUGGGGAGUUAGGCGAUAUGCAAAUAUUUUCUUCAAAUUUGAAUGUUUUGCAUAGAAGUCGCUCGUGCGCUCGUACCUACGCUCGCGCCGCUUGCUGCGCACGCGCACCGGGAGCCCCCUAUUCAUGACAUUGUAAUACGAACAUUUUUACCUAAGUCUAGCUCCUUGAUAUGUCUCUAUUCAACUUUCAGAUGCAAAUAUUACAACUUAAACGCCAGUAUAUAAUACAGGGGUACCAUUUAAAUGAUCCAAGUGGAUUUAAAAGAUUUAAAUUUAGAGCAUGCUCAUUUGCAUACAGCUUUUUUAUUUGUUUGUUAUGUUUGUAUUUAUUUUUGUUCUUUGGUUGUUUUUAUUUACUUUUUGUUUUAUGUAGAUAUGUAUUUACGAACGGGAUGAGACUUUUAAUAUUAACAGAUUUAUCCCAAUACGACUUCCAAUAAUUUUAUUUUUAUUUGUAUCAUUUAAUUUUAAUAAUAGACGUGCGAACUGCAUUUAUUGUUUGUGAUUCAAACGACGUCAAUCUUAUACCUACCUAAUUGUUUGACCCAGUGCCUGGACAAAAAAGAUCCAGUAUUGUAAACUUAAUAGUAUUAUUAUAAUUAUUAUUUACAGUUAUUAUAUUUGCAGAAUUCGUUGAAAUAAAUGCAAUAUUUAUAUUACUGA